AUGAAUGAUGCAGCUCAUGCUUUUAAGUAUGGCUUCACAGUGUUUGCAGAUGAAGGACAAGGAGCGGCAGCUGAAGUUUCCUCAUCUUUUGCCAUUCUGUCUGUCUGUGCUCUGGUAGUCCUGGUGGUACUGCUUGCAAACUGUGUCUCCUGCUGCAAAGACCCAGAGAUCGAUUUCAAGGAAUUUGAAGAUAACUUUGAUGAUGAAAUAGAUUUCGCGCCCCCAGCAGAAGAUACUCCGUCUGUUCAGUCUCCAGCAGAAGUUUUUACUCUUUCAGUUCCCAGUAUUGCUUUACCAACUCCAUCCCAGUUUCCAUCUCGUGCAGAUGGAUCAAAGUCUCAAGUUGCACGUCAGAGUCUAAACUACAUCCAGGAAAUUGGAAAUGGCUGGUUUGGAAAGGUUCUGCUUGGAGAAAUCUACACAGGCAGUAGUGUGGCACGAGUGAUAGUGAAGGAGCUAAAAGCAAGUGCGGGUCUCAAGGAGCAAGAACAGUUUUUAAGAAGUGGAGAGCCAUACUACAUUCUUCAGCAUCCAAAUGUUCUCCAGUGUAUUGGGCAAUGUGUGGAAGCCAUUCCUUAUCUCCUGGUUUUUGAGUUCUGUGACUUGGGUGACCUGAAAACUUAUAUCUGCAAUGAGCAGGACCACAUUAGAGGAGAUUCACAAAUCAUGCUGCUACAGAGAAUGGCAUGUGAGAUUGCUGCUGGACUUGCUGUAAUGCAUAAACAUAAUUUUGUGCAUAGCGACUUGGCCUUACGAAAUUGCUUUCUUACGUCUGAUUUAAAUGUCAAAGUAGGAGAUUAUGGUAUAGGAUUCAGUAGGUACAAGGAAGAUUAUAUUGAGACAGAUGGGAAGAAACUUGUUCCUCUCCGCUGGACUGCACCUGAGUUAGUAACGAGUUUUCAAGACAAACUGUUAUCAGCAGAGCAAAAUAAAUACAGUAACAUAUGGUCCCUGGGUGUGACGUUAUGGGAGCUGUUUGAGAAUGCUGCUCAGCCUUACUCGGACUUCUCCGACAGAGAGGUCUUAACCCAUGUCAUAAAGGAGAAGCAGGUGAAACUUUUUAAGCCGCAUCUGGAGCAGCCAUACUCUGAUAGAUGGUAUGAAGUUCUGCAAUUCUGCUGGCUACCUCCAGAGAAGAGACCAACAGCAGAAGAAGUGCACAGACUUCUAACUUACCUUCGCAUGCAGAGCCAAAGGGACUCGGAGAUUGAUUUUGAACAGCAGUGGAACGCUCUCAAGCCAAACACCUCAAAUAGAGAAACAAAUAAUUCUGCAUUUCCGAUCCUAGAUCACUUCACGGGAGAUAGACUUGGCCAUGAGAUGGAGGAAGUUCUUACUGUAACUGAAACAAGCCAGGGUCUCAGCUUUGAAUAUAUCUGGGAGGCAGCUAAACAUGAUCAUUUUGAUGAGUGUGGUCACGUGAAUCCUGAUGAAGCAAUGGCGUACACGAGUAUUUUCUAUCCAGUGGAGGUUUUUGAGAGGUCCCUUUCAGAGCAGGGGCCAGGAGCACAGGAUGGAAGUGGUCAGGAAGCAUCACUGGCUGUUCCUGGGGUGUUACCUGUGUUUGACGCACACAAACUCUCAGUUGGGAACGACUACUAUAUCCAGUUAGAGGAAAAAGGUAGUGGCUGCAGCAUGAAUUUCGAUAACCAAUCAGUUGUACUGACUACAGAAGUGGAUCAAGAAGCUGUACAAGAAAAAAGUUCUCAUUUCAUGGUUCUCAGGGAUCUCGAUGUUGAAGAAUCUAGCACUGAUGGGGACUUCUUCCACUACAAUACAGAUCCCAAAGAGGAAUUUUUGCCUGCUACCAGUAGUCCAGAAAGUCCUUUCCAAAAUAUAUUUAAUGACAUUGAGAGAUCAGAAGAAUUAACAAAUAAAAAAAUACUUGGUUUUGCUGAAACAAAUAAUUUUCCUAACGACUUUAAACCAACCGUUUCAAACUCAAACACGGAUGUUACAAAUGUCACAGGUUUUGGUGAGAAAGAGCAUUCUAGUCAUGCUUUUGAAAAUAAAACAGUUUCUGUAUGUGAAAACAUCUCUAGCCAGUCUGAGUUGGUAACUUUAGAAGAACUUUCUGAUAACUUCUUGUUUCUUCAAGAGAAAAACUUACUAACAGGGGUACUGUCUAACAAAACCAGCAGUGAUUUCGGGCAAAAAACAGAAGCUGUUCUAAAAAGUGUAUUAGAAACCUCAAGUAGGAGCUCUGUAGAGCCUGAGCCUGUAUUGGCUGAAAAUGUGCAGGUCUUUUCCUUAAUACGUGAAAACUCUGGAGCUGUGAAAGACGAAAACUUGAACCCAGUAGCAGUGGAUAAAGAUAGGAAUUCUCGGUCUCAGACUAGCGGAGACACAGCGGCAUCCUCCAGUCCACCUGCAGUGCGUAAGUUGCACGAUAAGGAUACGAGUCUUGCUUAUUUGAAGGAUGAGGGGAAACUUCCAAAUGUGGAAGUCAACCAAGCCUUGUUCUGUAACACUGAUACUUUCUUUCAACAGCUGUCCAAUAAUGCAAAAAAUAAUAAUGUUGGAACGAAUUCAUCUUACAGCAGUGCUGCUGAAGCAGAUCAGAGUGAUACACAAAUAAAACAGGGAGUGCUGUCCAAGUCUGAUGAAAUAGCUCUUAAUAGGGAAAAAUGGGAUCAGGAAGGUGCAGAAAGAAACUUGCAGUGUAAGUCUCCCAUAUUCAAAAAAGAUGAAGAUUUGUUAGAAGGAAGGCAAGAAACAUCAAGUGAUUUUGAGAACUGUAAGGAUGUUCCAGAAGAGGUGACCUUAAUUUCUGUUGGUGCUUCAGACUGCGCAAGUCAGGACAGCCUUUUGGAAGACAGCCCAUCUCCUAGGGAAACUGUCGACCAAGUCUUAGAGACGCCCGAUUCUUUGGAUUCUUUAGAUGUAAUUGAAGUUUUGGAAUCUUUACAGGCUCAAAGUCCUCAAAAACUUUUGCCUCCUGAUAAGCCUGCUGACAGCGGCUAUGAAACAGAGAAUCUGGAGUCUCCAGAAUGGACUUCCCAUGUGAUUGUUGAGGAUGCUUCCAAUGGGGAUACCGCUCAGUGUGCGGUCAGUGACAGCAGUGUCAGUGAUCUGCCUUCUAAUCCAGUCAUCAUUGUUUCAGAAGCAGCACCUUGCUUAGAUGCAGUGAACAGCAACUUCGAAAUAACUCCAUUAUCAAAUCAAAAUUCAUAUAGAGACUCUGCCUAUUUCUCUGAUAAUGAUUCCGAGCCAGACAAAAAAGCAGAAGAGACUGUAAAUCUAUCGAGGGAGACUGCGUGUGGUGCUUCUUCAAAUAGAGGAGAGAAUAAGAGUGAGAAGGAUUGCUGUUUGGAAGAGAGACCGCAAGAGCACAAUGUAAGGAAUUACCAGGAUACCAGUAUUCAGAAUACAGAACCUGAAUUGAAUCGUAAGAUAGAGAUGCAAGAGCUGGGUGUAAGGGUGCAGGGGUGUCCUGAGGAGUGGACUGAGGCAGCUCUGAAUUCCCUGGAGAUAUCAGUGGGAGAUGAUGUGAGGGAUGAAAUGAAGCUCUCUGAGACUUGCCGUAAAAGCGUCUCUUGCGUUGGCACCAACACGUCAGAACUUCUUUCACACAGAGACUUUAAGGCUGUGCAUAACAUACACAAUUCUUUAGAUUCCAGUAAUAGUGAGAAGCCCUUCUACCAUAAUGAAGGACAAAAGCUGAAAGAGCCGGAUAUUGAAGGAAAAUACCUUGGCAAGCUUGAUGUUUCUGGCAUGCUUGAUUUAGAAGACGGUGAUGAUGCAGAUGAAGAAGAUGAAAACAGUGAUUCUGAGGAUGACAUGAGGACUUUCCACAUGCACAGCCUGAGUUCUGACAGUGAGGAUGAGACUGUUCACCAAGUUCCCGAGAUACUUACUGACAAGGACGAUGGAAAACAUCUGAGAAGCUUACUGAAACUUCCCAAACCUCUUCAUGAAAGGCAACCUGAGCACUGGAAAAAUGAGAAGAAAGCUGUAACGUUCUUUGAUGAUGUCACGGUCUAUCUGUUUGAUCAGGAAACACCAACCAAGGAAUUGGGAAACCGUGUGGCAGACUUGAACGGCGAAGGCUCUCACAGCACUCCUGCUCCAUCUUCGGGUUUUAGUUACUUCAACAGAUUUACAAAUUCAGAAAGCUCAACAGAUGAAGAAGGUGGUGGUUUUGAAUGGGACGAUGACUUCUCCUCCCCAGAGCCAUCCUUUAUAUCAAAGGCAGCUAAUAGCCUUAUUAGCUCUAAACCACCUCUUCAGUCCAAGUACUUCUCUCCGCCUCCUCCUGCCCGGACUCUCGAACAGAACUGGUCACAUUCAUCCCCUUACUCCAGAUUCUCUAUUUCUCCUGCAAACAUGGCAAGCUUUUCCCUUACGCAUCUUACAGAUUCGGAUAUAGAGCAAGGAGGAAGCAGUGAAGAUGGAGAAAAAGAUUAAAUAGUUAAAAACUUUCUGGGACUUCAUACACAGGACGCACAGACUGUGUCUGAAACUUGUUUGUGUGAACUCUGGAUCUCCUGGAGAGACACAGGUAAUCAAGAAGCCCUAAGAAAUGAAAGUAAACACUGAAAGCAAUGUUAAAUCAGGACAUUAAUUUGAAUGUGUAUUUAACUUUGUAAUGUAUUUUUAAAUCAGUGCAAUUUUGCUUUUCAUUACUGAAAGAUGAUUCUGCCGCUGUUUUCAAGUACUUGAAGUAUUUUUCAGAUAACUUAAGAGACAAGUUAAGCAAUUACACUACAGUCUGGUUUAUGUAUGAGAUUGUAUAAUAUUCUUUUUAUAUUUUUCCAUGUAGUUCAUUAUGUUUGAACAUACACCUGUUGUAGAAUUGUGCAUAACUGUCGUGUGCAACAGGUGGCUGUGUCGCUGGAACUGUAUGAAUGGUAGUUGAUCAGUAGUGAGCCAUAUUUAUUUAAAAGAUAUCACUACAUGUUACUUUGCUUAUUACAAUUGCACUAUGGAUUAUUCUUCCUCUAUUUCCUGAUGAUGUACAGAAUCAAAAUGUUAAAUCUUUUGAGGAAUAUGAGACAAGUUGAAUUGGCCCAGUUACCCAGUUUGAUUUGUCCUUUUUGUAGCCUUUGCUAUGCACGGUACUUGUAAAACGUACAUAACUUCCGAGUGUUAGAUUUGCUGAAAUCUUAUAUUCAGUACCAUUUCUAAAUGAUGACUAUAGAUUGUUAGUGUUCAUGUUUUAUAGGAAACUGGAAUAGUGUAUAUGAUGUACUCUGGAAUUUGUAGAUGAAAGAUAAUGUCUCGAUUCCUGAAUACGAUCCUACUGACUGCUUGAACUGUAAUUCCAUCUGACUGUGUCACACUUAAGGGCCUUCCAGUUGGCACUACAACUUUCUGCCUUGGAGAGAGAAGAAACAAAAUUGACUGUACAAAACUGGGAAUUAUGAAUCUUCUAAAAAAGACUGAUUUAAACAGACUGGAUUUCAGGCAUGUUUGGCCCUUCAGUUGUACAUUCUGUGAAUUUUGAAGCUCUCUUCUGCUGACUGCAGACUGGGGCUACCAUUCAGAGGCCUGUGGUAGAUCUACCUCUCAGUGAUGUUCCGACAAUUAAGAAUUACACUAAUGGUUAAUAGCCAGUUCUACACCCUUUGUGAGGCCAGACUUACUGUCACAUAUCUGCAGGGCUCCAUGGUACAUCUUGAAAUGCAUACCCAAAGAUGUUGUAUAGUAAAGUUUACUCUGAAGCUGCCUGUAGGGAAAGGAAUACAGCGUGGUUCUUGAACCCUCGUGCUCUCCUGUGCAUUUAGUUAAAUUCUUUAAAUUGCUUGGGGAAAAAAAAAAUAUCCUUAAUUACUAUUGCAAAGUGAGUAAAUUUGAGAAACAAAUCCCUGGCCUCUUGGAAUGCCUUAUGCAGCUGCAGAUCUGUAGGAAACACUGACAGGAACAGUUUACCUGGCUUUAAAUUGCAUUGUAGUUUAGUGGCUUUUUUUGGGCAGGGCUUCAGUAUAAUGGUGGUGGUAGUGCUCUGUGUUCAGAUCCAGUCACCUGAAAACAUUUGUCCUCUGAAGUGCAGGAGGACUGGAUAUUUACAGAUCUGUGAAGUUGGUGUCUAAUACUUCUGUAUGCAUUUUGUUUUUUUUUUCAAUGAAAAGGAAUAUGUUAAUUGCUUCUUUCCAGCACUGUCCAGCCCUUGGCCCGACUGGCUUCCACACCAACCAAAAGGGAGCGACUUAGUUCUGUCAAGUUAUUAAAAUUGCCAAUGUGUUGGUGAGAACUUUUUUGAUGAGGCACUCAGGUUCAGAGCUGGUAAGAAUUGUGCUUCAGUGCGAAGGGCUUAAGGAAGCUGUGAGCUGCUUGGGAUAUGUUAAGAGACAGAUAAUUGACUUCGUGCACAUAUUAUUGCUUAGAAAUUCCAGAGUUUCAAUAUUAAACUCCUCGAUACAACUAGAUUAAGGUAUCACAUCGAGGUUCAAUUAUUCUCACACUCUAAAGUGUGAAAAUUCAGAACUAAGUAUGAAGCUCUGUAAGCGGUCUGCAGAUGGUGUGUGGUUUUAUCUGCCCUGGGAGGUGAAAAACGACUGUGUCAGACCUGGAGUUCAGCCUUAAUUUUGAAUGGCUUGACUUAGAGUAUGGUCCAAAGUGAAGUACAAGCUUGUAUUCCACAAUGUUAAAAUUUGGUUGUGCGCUUUGGUCCUUAAAAUUCUGGAAACUCAGUUGUUUCUCACAUGUGCAGCCUUCCAGCAGGAAUUCCCUUGGUUUGAUGGAAAUACAAUGUCUGUUCUUCACCAGAGUUUAAAGGAAAUCUUACAUAGGGAUUGAAAGUUCACCCCUUAGUGCAAACGGACGAAUUGCUAGCAAAUUGCCAAAGGAGCACAUUUUCCAAACGGGCUGGGAUGUGUAUGAUAUUAAGCAAUGUCCUUUUCAGCUAUACAAAGAGGAGAGAAAUAUGUGAAGUUGACUCACCUCAGUUAAGCCGUGGGUUUAUUUCAGUAAUCCAGAAGGCUAGAUGGCAAUAAUCCUAAGGGUCUUUUUUGGACAAAUAAAAUUACAGUAAACAUCUGAUCGACUAUUAGCAAUACUGCAAUAUAUCCACCUAGCACUCAGUGGCACAGCGAAGAUGAACUGGUAAUUCCACAAAUUGUGUUUAAUGAGGUGAUGUGUUACGAAUCAUUCUUAAAACUGUAUGAAAUCCUUGCACUAGCUACUUGAGCAUGGUUUCAGUUUCGGAAGUAGAUGUAUCUCUUUUCAGACUGCUGAAAUUUUAAUUCCCUCCCUAGUACGAUACUUUUAUCCAAAGACAUUGUCUCAAUUUGGCUGCUGAAGUUGUUUAUGAAACCUGAUGUUUUUCCCACCUAAGGAAGUUUAUUUACAAAAAUAAAAAUGAAGAUCUGUAGUAAGAAGCCAACAAAGUGGGAAGUGUGUUUAGUCUUAAUGGAAAGGCCUGUCCUCUCCCAGAUCCCUGUCUGCAGGGACGUGGCAUGUCUAACUGCUCGUGGCAGUGCCAUGCUCACGGGAAGGGUUGAGUUCAGCAUGUUUCAUAUCCUUGUUGAUGCACUAAUGAAAGCCAUUUAAGCCUCAUUCUUUUUAUCAGUAUUUUUAGCAGAUUUUUAUGUUGCACGCAAAGCUUCCUUCGCCAGGAGGCUGGUUGGUGAAGGACUUGAUGAAGCGCUGCGUGUCGGCGUUGUCAGGUGUUGGUGAAUGGCUAUUUUUGUUGGGGUUGAUGAAAGGUGGUGAGUUGGUGGAAUCAAAAUUUAUUAGCCUUAUAAGAAAUAGCCUUAACUAAGAACGGAGUGUACAAAAUUACUUCAGCUUUAAGUCAUACAGAAAUAUCCUUGUGUGUUAAUGGCUUCGGUACAAGACUGGAAAAAGCGUAGAGGGGAGUCGAACAUCAUAGAAACUUACUGAGCAUAAGUAUUUGUAAAACCAGCAGCCUGUUUUUCAGAAACUUGAAUAUGACUUACAGUUAGUUUUGUUUAUGAAAUUGUUCGAACUUGCACAGUUGUAGGUGUAACUUAAAUGACAAAUGGUACUGAUGUGUGUGUAUAUAUGUUUAAUUCUAUUUGUAAAUGAGAAACUGUGUAACAAAACCAUAGGUAUGAGGUUUUCCUAUUGUAAUUUAAUACAGGUAUGAGGUUUAUGGCAAUAUAUCAUAGUUAAUGAAUUUCAGGUCAAAAUGUCUUUAAAUUGUGUACAUUUUUAAAUUGUAAUUUCUACUGUAUAUUGAUUAUCAUGCAUAGUGUGAUUCAAUAAAUUGCUUGUAAUUUAAAAAUAUUUAAUAUUAAAAAUAAAAUAGUUAUAUAUUUAUAA